AUGGACAAGUCCCUUCUGCUAGGACUCCCCAUCCUGCUCUGCUGCUUUAGAGAAGUUGUUCAGUGCAGGAUGUGCCACCUCCAGUUUCCAGGAGAGAAGUGUUCCAGAGGCAGAGGAAUAUGCACUGCAACAACGGAAGAGUCUUGCACAACUGGGAGGAUUUUCAAAAAUGAUGGUACUCCCUGGUUAACUUUCAUGGGCUGCCUAAAGAACUGUGCUAAUGUGGACAACAUAAAAUGGAGUGUCUAUUUGGUGAACUUCAGGUGCUGUAGGAGCCAUGACUUGUGCAAUGUACACCUCUAGAAAAUGCUCGUCCUUCUGUGGCUCUGAUCUCUGAGUGA